CACACUCUUCCUCCCCACACACAUGCACACACACUCUCUUCCUCCCCACACACAUGCACACUUUCCCAGCCUUGCACACCAGCAGCACAGCCACUGACAAGGGGAAAAGGCAAAGAGAACUCCCAGCUCCUGAUCCACAGAAUCCAGGGGACCACCAGGAUCCAGGGACCCCCCCAGAAACCACAGGGGCAAUAAGCAGCUUUAGAACCUUAAGAUCACAGCUCUAAGAAUCUACAUACUACAAGGACCCAGAGACCACCAGGGACCAAGGACAGCUGGCAUCCAAGAAAAAGAGACCCCCGCUGGCUCUAGGAUCCAGAGACCACCAUUAACCCAUUCCAGUAUGACAGAAGUGAUGAACAAGUGUGAGCCGGCAAUGGAAGAAUUUACAUUGGCUCCACCGUCCGGAGCAGAAGGACACGCCGUUCAGAUUUUUCCAGAUUCACAUGAGAAACACCCCAAGCUGACAAAGAGAUUGCCUUCGAUAGUUGUAGAGCCGACGGAAUCUGGAGACGUUGAGAGUGGAGAACUGCGUUGGCCACCGGAGGACCUGAAACCAUCAGAUGACAAAAGCACCGCCCGGGAUCAGAGAGAUGCAAAGUCCUGUAAAGGCCAGUGUUCUGAUGCAGAAGGUGCUUCUUAUUCAUCUCAGGAAGAAGAACGUGGAAGUAAUAAUUGAAAGCCUUCUGGAUUUCUCCUGGGAUUCUCUCGCAUUUCUUUGUUUUUUUAUUUUUUUAAGUCUUCAUCU